AUGAACAUUUUCAGCCUAAAGUAUUGGAAGAGUCUGGAUCUGUUGGAGGGUCAGUCCCGACCAAUCACCUGGGAGGAGCUGCAGAUCGUUGACAAUGACAACAUUGACGCGGUUAACCUGGUGGCUGUGGACGGUCCUCUGCACGGACGUCUCAGUGUCAGAGGUGGGAAGGCGUUCAUGUUCCGCGUGCGGGACCUGAAGGACGGCGUAGUCGUCUACCAUCACUCGGACAGCGACACCACGCGCGAUCACGUCGUCUUCCGCAUCAGCGACGGCCGCCACAGCAUCCGCCACAAGUUCCCCAUCAACAUCCUGCCCAAGGACGACUCCCCGCCUUUCCUCAUCAACAACGUGGCAGUUGAGGUGCAGGAGGGCGGAGCCGUGAGGCUGGAGGAGUACAUGCUGUUAGCCUCGGACCUGGACUCCAGCGACGACUACAUCCUCUACCAGGUGGUCGCCUCCCCCCGAGCUGGCCAGCUGGUCAGGAAGACCUCCAGCCAGGAUACAGGAGUUCCAGUGGACAGUUUCCUGCAGAGAGAUCUUCUCCAGGGUCAAAUCUACUACCAGCACUCAGGGGACGAGCAGUUUGAGGACUCCUACGAUGUCAUGCUGUCCGACAGCCACCAGCCGCCCAACCUCUCCCAGACAUAUACUGUGGUGAUCCAUGUUUUCCCCGUGAAGGACCAGCUGCCCGUGGAAGUGUCCGGCAGCGUACGCUCUCUGACGGUGAAGGAGACGGACGUGGUUUACAUCGCUCAGUCUCACCUGCACUUCACAGACAGAGAACAUCCAGGCACUGACCUGACCUACGUCGUCACGCAGCCCUGCUUCAGCCCAAUGCAUCCUGGGCUGAUGGACGCAGGACGUCUGUUCUACACAGACACCAGCAACGCCAUGAAGAGAGACCACAUGGUGCCGGUGUUAAAGUCCUUCACACAGCAUGCAGUGAACCACAUGAAAGUGGCCUUCAUGCCUCCUGUGGAGGACAUCGGCCCGGAGUCGAUCUUUGUCCAGUUUGUCUUCUCUGUCAGCGACCACCACGGCGGCACCGUCUCCGGACUCGUCUUCAACAUCACCAUCACUCCUGUGGACGACCAGGCACCAGAGGCCUUCACAAACCUGCUGCGUGUGGAGGAAGGCGGAGCAGCCUUUGUGACCGAGGAGCACCUCCUGGUGCGUGACCAGGACAGCAGGGAGGAGAACCUGAGGGUGGAGGUUCAGAGGACGCCUCGUCACGGCAGACUGGAGCUGCAGGGACAGACGCUGCUGCGGGGGAACUGGUUCACACUCCAAAACCUAAGAGGACUUCGACUCAGGUACAUCCAUGAUGACUCAGAGACCACAGAAGAUCAGGUCACUCUGAAGGUGACGGACGGUGUGAACUUUGCAAAUGUGAUCUUACCGAUACAAAUCCUGCCGAUGAACGACGAGCCUCCCCAGCUGGGCAGAGGGCUGCGGGGGGAGCUGAGCUGUGAGGAGGGCGGGCGAGUCCAGGUGACGGUGGACUACCUGUCGGCUACCGACCGCGACAGCGACGACUCCAGGCUGACCUACAUGUUGGCGCGGAGUCCCGGCCGAGGGGAGCUGCAGAGAGCCGGACUGAGUGUGGACAAGUUCUCCCAGCAGGACUUGCUGCAGGGACACAUUUACUACGUCCACACUGGUGGAGAGAUCGGACCUGAGCCGGUGUUCGACACCGUCACUCUCAUCAUCUCUGACGGUGAGGCCGGUGGGACGGAGGGUUGUUGCCACGGAGACGCCCCACCCCCUCCUGUCCCCCUACAUGGCACUCUUCCUGUGUACGACCUGAACAUCACCAUCCUUCCCAUCAACAACAGAGUCCCCAUCAUCACUCUGGGUGAGUCCUUGUUGGUGGUGGAUGAAGGUUCUUCAGCCUGUUUGUGUGGGGGAGUUGUAGGAGCCUCGGACCCUGACAGCCCCCCCGACCAGCUAACCUUCCACCUGGACACCCCACCUCUCCACGGCUUCCUGGAGAACACGCUGCCGACACCUGGCUCGGAGAAGAGCAACGCUGGACUGCGAGUUGAAUCCUUCAGCUACGUUCACCUGACAUCAGGUUUCAUCAACUACGUCCAGUCAGAGCACAAAGGGGCGGAGCCAACUGUUGACCAGCUUUCCAUCAGCGUGAGUGACGGAGUUUAUCGCUCCGCCCCUGUCCCCUUCUACAUCAUCAUCCAUCCGACCAACGAUGAGACACCUUCUCUGCUGCUGGCCAACUUCACGGUGAAGGAAGGCGGGAUCAGAGAACUGACUCCGUCAAUACUGGACGGCGUGGACCUGGACGCCCCUCCAGAUCUCCUGACCUUCACCGUGGUGCAGCCGCCAGCUCACGGUCACCUGAUCAACGGCAUCUACGGCGCAGAGAUGAGCCGCUACAACGAGAUGGGAGCUGAACUUUUGCAGAGGAGCCUCCCGGUCACCUCCUUUACCCUGCAGGAGCUCCGACAAGGCAUGAAGAUCAUGUACAUGCACGAUGACACAGAAACCCUGGAGGACGCUGUGGCUCUGCAGCUGACAGAUGGCGUCCACACAGUCCGGGGGACGGCCUUGGUCACCGUGCUGCCGGUCAACGACGAGAAACCACGAUUGCUCAAGAACGCUGGCUUGGACGUGGACUCAGGUGAGCGCAGGGUGAUUUCCAGUGUUGCUCUGGAGGCCGAGGACGUGGACACGCCCCCAAACCAGGUGUACUACUUCAUCAAUGCUGCGCCGCGAUUUGGAAAACUUCAGCUGAAGACAGAGUCGGGUUGGACUGAGCUGUCGUCGGGUCAGAACUUCACCCAGGACGACGUGGAGAUGAACCGUCUGUGGUACGGACACGACCCAGGAGCUACCGCCGCCACCGCCGGCUUCAGAGGUCACGACAGUUUCCGCUUCACCCUCAGUGACCUGGACAACGAGUCGCCCGCUCAGAGCUUCUUCAUCUCCGUCCACACUGUGCAGAAAGGUGACAUAGUGCUGCUGAGCAAGGCAGUGCAUCUGAGGGAGGGGCAGCGGGUCGUCCUGAACACCGACAUCCUGCUGGCGUCAGACGCGGCGGGACGUCCGGAGGAGCUCCUCUACGCCGUGUCCGUCCCGCCUCGGCACGGCCUCGUCCACGCCGUCCGGAGGCCCGGCGUCCCGCUGACCGGCUUCACGCAGCUGGACGUGGCCGCGCACCAGGUGUGCUACACCCACGACAACAGCCAUGACGCAGAGUCGGACUCCUUCAGUUUCCUCGUCACCAACGGAGUCUCGUCCCGCAGCGGCGUCCUCCACUUCACCAUCGAGCACGGCGACCGCAUCCCCCCGACCCUAAACCACAACACCGGCCUGCGUCUGCCGGACGGAGCCACAGAGACCAUCACCUCCGCCCACCUGCAGCUCACUGACCCCGACACUGCCGCAGCCAACCUGAGCUACGUCAUCACGCAACCGCCGCGACACGGAACACUGCUGCUGAGAGGAGUCCCGCUCGCGAUGACUCCUCCCUCUCCUCUGAGCUUCACCCAGACCGACGUGGAGGAGCUGAACCUGGCUUACCGCCAUGACCCGGGCAGCCCCGCCGACAUCGACAGGUUCUACUUCCUGCCGACGGACGGAACCAACAGAGGAUACCUGGAGUUUGGACAGCUGAGGGAGGAGCACGCUGUUUUCAACAUCCAGGUGGACCGGGUGGACAGGACUCCUCCCACUCUGACCACCAGGCGGAGUCCCAGCACCGUGGUGGAUCUGGGCGGCGGACGUUACGGUGUCUUCAUCACCAACAAACACCUGCAGGCGUCUGACCCUGACAGUCCCACAGAGGAGCUGCAGUUCUCCAUCAGCAGACCUCCACACUUUGGUUACCUGGAGAACGUCCUCACAGGAGCUUACAUCAGAGGACGCUUCACUCAGCGGGACGUGGAUCAGCGCGCGGUGCUGUACGUCCUUCCCGCCGACAUGGAGGUGACGGCGGACAGCUUCGAGUUCCGCCUCACUGACCCGGCAGGAAACGCCGCCCUGCCUGAAAUACUGGAGUUGUCCUGGUCUCAGGUGGAGUUGUCAGCGACCUGCUACAGAACCUGUGAGACAGCGGGGACUCUUCAGAUCCAGAUCCAGCGCAGUGGGAGGAGCAUGGACCCGGCCUACGUGGCGAUUCAGGUGGAGGAAGGAUCAGCUAAACCCGGCAGAGACUUCACUCACAGCACAGCCGGACUCAUCCAGUUUGACCCAGGAGUCGUCGUGAAAACCUGGAACAUUUACCUGAUCGACGACGGACUGGAGGAAAACCACGAGACCUUCACUGUCGUCCUGAAGAAUCCAAAAAACGCCGUCCUGGGACAGAGGACGUCUGCGAGUGUGGAGAUCAUUGACCCCAGAGGAGGAAAGUGUGACCCUGACGACCUGGUGGACGACGAGGACUUAAAGCAGCCACCGCCUCCUCGUCCUCCUCGUCUCCCUGACCCUCCUAUGAUGGAGGAGGUGGAGCCUGUCACUGACAUAGAGGCGGAGCUAGUGUGGGAGACCCCGCCUCAUCCUCCCAGAGGAGACGUCCCAAACCGCCGACCAUACCAAGACUACAGAGACGGGGAAGCACAGGACCAGGCGUCCCCUGCCUACAGCCACGCCCACUUCCACAGGGGACAGAACACGGGGGACAGAGGACACCACGGAGGACACGGAGGGUUAAAGGUUCAUGUGUCAGGAGACAGAAAGUCUGAGGACAAAGUUUGGACGUUCCACAGUUUGACUCCACUCAGACUGGAGGAGCUGAAGCCUGGUGAUGCUGGGUGGAGCUGGUCUCCUCACAGCGGCGGAGACAGAGGCGGAGACAGAGGCGGAGGCAGAGGCGGAGACGCUCCUCAGAUGGACAAUCCAGCACCAAGACACCGCCUGGAGCUACGGCAACACAAGACCAGGAAGUCCAUGAGCAGCUCGUGUCCUGAAGGUUGGACUCACUACAGGAGGCGCUGUUACGUCGUCAGCUCGUCUGUGGCGAGCUGGGCCAGCGCUGAGAGAAGCUGCUCCCUGCUGUUCAACAGCAGCCUGAGCAGCGUGCGCUCCAGGAGAGACCUGACCUGGCUCUGGAAGUUUGCAGGGAAGAAGCCAUUUUGGAUCGGUCUGUCUGUGGGUCCCAGUGGUUUGAUGUGGGCUGAUGGUCAAACAGUGUCCUUCUCCAGACUGAAGGGGGCGCCCUCAGGUCGUCACAGUAGCGGCUCCGAUGACUGCGUGCUGGUUGAAAACCCGCAAAGCUGGAUUUCCACGAGCUGCUCGGCGCAAAUGCAACACGCGUUCAUCUGUUCAUCGACGUCUCAGAGUCACUGACGGACGAUGUUUAGUCGUAUUUAAUGUUUCUGUAACGAUGCUGCUCUGUACAUUAGUUAUCAUAUUUUGUCAUAAUAAAGUUUUACUCUACAAUGAGUUAAUGAA